AGAUGAACUCCAGAGGCCUUGGGUUGGAGCUGAAGGACAGUAUUCCAGUGGCGGAGCUCUCUGCCAGCGGGCCUUUCAAGAGCCACGAUCUCCUCCGGAAAGGGUUUUCUUGUGUGAAAAAUGAACUUUUGCCCAGUCACCCUCUUGAAUUAUCAGAAAAAAAUUUCCAGCUCAACUAGGACAAGAUGAACUUUUCCACACCGAGGAACAUCCAGGGUCUGUUUGCUCCCUUGAAGUUACAGAUGGAGUUCAAAGCAGUGCAGCAGGUUCAGUGGCUCCCGUUUCUCCUGAGCUCAAACCUCUCAUUGGAUAUUUUGAGGGGCAACGAUGAGACCAUUGGUUUUGAGGAUAUUCUUAAUGAUCCAUCACAAAGUGAACUGAUGGGCGAGCCCCACUUGAUGGUGGAACAUAAGCUGGGCUUGCUGUAAUACGGGGGCCGCGCAGGAAGGUGCGAUGGUUGUGCUCUACAUAGUUGCCUGCUACAGUCUGAUGUUCACAGCAUUAAAGUACCGAGAGGAUCGCUGGGCCAUGUGGAAGCGUUUGGGGCUUGGUUUUGGGUUGUGAGUCAGUUGAAAGACUNGAGGUGGUUUCUAAGCUCUGAGGUUACAGCAAAGCCCAAAUUCUGAAAAUGUGUUUCUUAUAAAUGUUACAAAAAUGCAAUAAAGUUCCCAGG